UCCAUCCCGUACUCUUAGUACACAAACUGCUCUAUAAAACACCCCAGAGAGCAGAGAGGGGAAGCCAAAGCUUGUGAUAUUCUACUAGCUGACAGACACGAUGAACCUCAUCAAAAGCACCCUGGGAAUUAGAGGCCACACCAUCCUCUAUGUUCUUAUCGGCUUGUUGGUUUCUGAAGCCUCCCCUCAGGCUGCGGACCGUCUAGAGGCAGAGCUGUCCUCUGUCAAGCUGAGACUACACCUUUUGGAGAAUCGCUACAGACACCUGUGUAACUUCUACUCCAACCUGGCAACCAACAGCUCACUUCCAGUGAUCAACUGCACCGAGUGUCCUGACAAGUGGCUUCAAGUAGGGGACCAAUGCUUCUUCCUCAUCACUGACAAGCAGGACUGGUCAUUCAGUGCACAAAAUUGUAGAGAGAUGGGCGGCCAUCUUGCCAUCUUGACCACCAGAGAACAGCAUGAAGCCGUGGAAAAAGAAGGCAGAAGGAUCGCAGGAUUUUACACAAACUACUGGAUUGGACUGACUGACAUUGAGAAUGAAGGAGACUGGAAAUGGGUGGACAACUCAACACUUACAAACCCGUAUAUUUUGGAACGUGGCGAAAUCAGAGCCAGACAACAACCAGUCCAAUGGGUUGGAUGGAGAGGACUGUGCGGUGGUGGACAGCUACACUCAGACCUGGUACGAUGUUCCCUGUUCCUUCUUGUAUCCCCGAAUCUGUCAGAUGGACGCCAUCCCGCUCCAGUGAGCCCCACCACACCACUGCAGGACCACCACUCAAUUAUGAAAGAUAUUGAUACUUUAUUCAAAAACUUCACUGGCAACUGUUUUUACAGUUUGUUUGUUUCAACAAAUAAACAAUUUUCUGACAAAAAUUUGAUCUAUUUGGUUUAAGUAUCCUAAUUUGUAUAUUUAGUAUCAACAUUUGCUCACUUUCUAAAUUAUAUAUUGGUAAAUAUUUAUAAAAGUAACAAGCAGUAUCAUAGAGCGUCGUAAAAAUUACAUAACAUGACAAAAAGACAAAUCUGAAAACAAUGUGAAUGAAAGAGUAUAACAUAAACAAUUAUUAACAGUAAUAAUCACAAACAAUAAUGUUAAAAUGAUAAUUAGGUGGAACAUAGCAUAGUUUCAAUGAGAAAUUCUGUGAAAUAUAAAAGUCCCGAAGAAAUCAAUUACAUGUUACAUUACAAAUAUAAAAACUAUCCAAACUGGCUGAUAUGUACAACUGUAAAAUACAUUUUCUGACAUUUCAA